GUAGGGGGUCAGUGGGUUUGUGCGCGAAAGUGCAGAUGUUGGCGGUUUGAAAGGAGAAGAAAGGAGAGGUGAAGAGGCUCUGCCCUGCGAGAGAAACUACUGUACUUGACGGAGAAAGACAAACAUCUACGACAAUGUCGAGCUCUUCUGACAUUCAAAUUAAGGAGCUGAACAAGCGCGCAUCAGGUCAAGCGUUUGAGGUCAUCCUCAGUCCCUCAACUCCAGACGCUAAGGUGGAAUUCCCAUUGUCCCCCAACAAGAAGAAGGAGACAUCACUGGAUGAGAUUAAGAGAAAACUGGAAGCUGCAGAAGAAAGACGCAGGAGCCAUGAAGCUGAAGUGCUAAAACAAUUAGCAGAGAAACGAGAGCACGAGAAGGAGGUCAUCCAGAAGGCCAUUGAGGAAAACUGCAACUUCAGCAAGCUGGCACAAGAAAAACUGAAUCAAAAGAUGGAGGUGAACAAAGAGAACCGCAGUGCUCGGAUGGCAGCGCUCAACGAGAAGUUCAAGGAGAAGGACAAGAAGCUCCAAGAAGUGAGGAAGAACAAGGAGACAGGGAAAGAGGCUGAUGUUUAAUUUCUUUCAAAAUUCUGAAAGCAGCCUUUACAAGUCCAAAGAUAAGCUUUAUUAUAUCUGACAUACUCCUGAAUGCUUUUGUAUUAGUUGUUGUUGUUGGUGUGUAGAUCUAGUCUGUCUUCUCUCUUCCUCUGGAUUUCUCUUUGGCAGCUGGUUAGACUUUAUCUCCUUAUCAAGGCAUUUGCUGUUAAUAAUGGGUUACUGUACUUUUUCUGGUUAAAUACACGAUAUACUGCUGAAAAACUCAAUGUGUUAACUUUGAAGGGACUUUGUGAGGGUUUAAGUUCAUCUCUAUAGCUCAUAAUUUUAUUGCGUAGCGUUGUUGAACAAAUUUAUCACAACAAAAAAACUAUUUUUGUACCAUUUUACAUAAAGUUACAAUUAGAGCUGAGCAUGCUGUAUCGUCUUCAUGAAAACUCUUCACUGUUGCUUGAUAAUAAAGCAUUUGACAUUGCUGACA